AUGAAGCUGCGACUCUGCGGGCUGGGGCUGCUGCUGGCUGUCCUUGCCGCUGCCAUGGUGUCCUUCGAGACCACCCGCAGCGUUGGGGCGCUGCUGUUGCUGUUGCAGUGCCUCAUCUACCGCGCGUUGUUCUACGCCGGCAGUGACUUUAUGGCUCUGCAAUGGGACACCCUGCUCCACGAGGCGGGGCUGUGGUCCGCCCUGCUGGCGCUGCAGCCAGAGCUGCCGCUGGCGGCUCUGCGACUGCUGGCGGCCAAGCUCUUCCUGCAAGCCGCGGCGUGCAAGCUGAUUGCCGAAGAGCCCACCUGGCGCCAGCUGCGGGCCUUGGACUACCACUUCCAGAGCCAGCCGCUACCUACGCUGCUGGGCCUAGUGGUGCACCGACUUUGCUGCCCCUGCAUCAGCAAGCUGGGCUGCGGCUUCGUGCUGGCCGCUGAGCUCUGCGCGCCGCUGCUGAGCUUCGGAGUGCACAGGUACUGCCGCUUGGCCGCCUUCAGCCUCUGCGCCGUGCUGAUGCUGGCGAUCGGUCUUACAGGCAACUACGGCUUCUUCAACCUGCUGUCCACGGUGGUUGCCCUUUCCUUUCUGGGUGACGACGUCUUCGCGUGGACGUCCCGAACAGUUCGGGAGCUCGUCGAGGGCCAAGAUGACCUGGUAAACAUCACCAACGUCAGCUUCGGUCCCUUCGGAGGUGACGAGGCGCUGUCAGAUCCAGGAGGUGUGAACGAGACACUGAAAGAUCUGGCAGGCGAGCUGCUGUCUGAGCUGGAAGGCGUACCCUUCAAUGAGGAGCCGCUAAUACUGCAAAUCUGCGAGACGGCCUUCAUGACGCUCUUGGCUUUGCUGGUGGGGUGCUAUGCCCUGGAGAACGUGGUGGUGCUCAUGGAUGGCUUUAGCCGGCCCAGCGCCGACGCCCCAGAGGCGCCCGGAUGGCAGCGCUGGCUGCGGGGCAUGCGGCUCCUGCGGCAAGUGGGCGCGUGUGGCAGCUAUGGCCUCUUUGGGCACGUGGAGAAGAAACGGCUGGAGCUGGUGAUCUCGCAGCAGAAGCAGGGCCAGUGGCAAGAGCUUCGCCACAGGUACAAGCCAGGGGAUGUGAAUCGCAUGUCCUGGCGCUGGCUUUGGUGGCACCUGCCGCGGCUGGACUGGCUGCUGUGGCUCUGCGCGGUGCGCAUGGGCUCCCAGCGGUCCCUGGAGCUGCAAAGGCGGCUCCGGCUGCGGCCCAUGGCGGCGGCGCCGGAGUGGUUCAACCUCUUCCUCGCGAAGCUGAAGCGCAGAGAGCCAGCGGUGGUCGCGCUGCUCCAGGCUCAGGAGCUGGACGCGUCGGAGGCUCUCAAGGUUGAGCUGUACGAGUACGAAUGGGCUGCCUGCACUUGCAAAGAGCGCACUGAGGACUCCGAGUCGGAGGAGGCGCUCUGGGAGCGCGGGAGCUGGUGGCGGCGUCGCAAAGUGCUGGACGUGACCUGA